CAACAGGCAUACCACAUACCUUUUCUCCAAAAGUAUAUACUUUGACAUUGACCGUGCAUUCGUUGCAAAACAUAAUUCCGGCAAAGUACAUCCAUUGUAAGUCAAACAAAAAGCGCGCAAAUAGGUCAAAAGAAAACCCUCUUUCUCUUUGUUUCCCACAAAUUUACAUUACACAUUUGCUCUUCUUCCUCCAGAAAUGGUUGCAAUACUCUCCAUCCCGGCCGAAAUUCAGUCAAACAUGUCCGUCUGCACAUAUUUUCUGUUGGAAUACAUCAUCCAUAUCAUAUAAAACAAACUCAUACUUUAUCCCAAAGUCAACUCUAGAUGUGGGAACAAGAAGAGAUCCACUUUCACCACCUCUUCUGACAUACAAAUACAGUUAUUCUCUUUUGUAAAAAAAAACGAGUUAAAGAAGAAGGUGUGGUAUAAAUAGAACCAUGGCAAAGCUUUGCUUGUAGUUGUAGCACAGCACCACCACCAAGCCAUCCCCGCCAGCAAAUGAGUUGCCAAGCCCACACAGUGUCCGCCAUGCCACCGUCCGCCCCUCUCGUCAAGCUCCCCCUCCUGCCGCGCGGCCUCCUCUCCUACCUCCCCACCAACCUCUCCUCCAUCCUCCCGAGUGGCCGCGAGAGUAGUGCCAUGUCCAGCACCAACGCAGCCUCGUCGCCGCAGCCCGCGCCGCCGUCUCCCAAGGAGGUGUCGUCGUCGGGACAGCAGCAAGCGGGGAGCGGGAGCAAGGCCGACGCGGCGGAGCUGGCGCGCGUGUUCGAGCUGUUCGACCACGACGGCGACGGCCGCAUCACGCGGGAGGAGCUGGAGGACUCGCUGGGCAAGCUGGGCAUACCCGUGCCCGGCGACGAGGUCGCGUCCAUGAUCGCGCUCAUCGACGCCAACGGCGACGGGUGCGUGGACGUGGAGGAGUUCGGGGAGCUCUACCGCGCCAUCAUGGCCGGGGACAAGGCUGAAGGCAAGGGCAGCCGCGGCGGGGAGGAGGAGGGGGAGGAUGGCGAGGAGGACGAGGACAUGAGGGAGGCGUUCCGGGUGUUCGACGCCAACGGCGACGGGUACAUCACGGUGGACGAGCUCGGCGUGGUGCUGUCGUCGCUGGGGCUGAAGCAGGGCCGCACGGCGGAGGAGUGCCGGCGCAUGAUCGGCCGCGUCGACCGCGACGGUGACGGCAGGGUCGACUUCGGCGAGUUCCUCCAGAUGAUGCGCGCCGGCGGGCUCGCCACGCUCGGCUGAUCGCCGCCAGCUGAUGUGUGUACGGAUAUACGAAGUGCCGUGCACUGCAUGCUUGAUUCGUGCUAGAACUUGUAGAUAUUGGUUUGAGGGGAGUUCUCAACUUUUUUUUAUCUUCUUUUUUUAUUUGUUCGCUAGAGAAUGAUGGGCUUGCUAAUUGACUAUUGUAUUGGUUGUUGCUCGCAAAUAUUGCUCAAGGGAAAAAGGUUUUCCCUGUUUUUCCUGUUUUUUUUUUC